AUGAGAGGGCACACAGUGGUUACUGCGGUCUCCGUCAUUCUCAUGUAUGCAGCCAUAGUUGCUAACUCAGCUAUGGACCCCUACAAGGCCCUCCACAUUAUCCUCAACCCAAACGGCACCCUCACACGCUUAAACAUUUCUCCGCAAAGUCCUCCCUCACCAGAUCCCACCCUUCCCACCCCGGUUGUUUCCAAAGAUCUCACCGUCAACAAAUCCAAGCACACAUGGGUGCGGAUCUACCUACCCCACAAAGCACUGGAUUAUUUCCCCAACUCCAAACUACCCCUCAUCGUGUUCUACCAUGGCGGGGGCUUCAUCUUCGACAGCGCCGCCUCCACUUACUUCCACGACUUCUGCGUCAGAAUGGUCCAUGCCACGCAAUCCGUCGUCGUGUCAGUCGACUACCGCCUCGCACCGGAGCACCGCCUUCCCGCUGCGUACGAAGACUCCGUGGAGGCACUGCACUGGAUCAAAGCCUCCAACGACCCCUGGUUGCGCCACGCCGAUUACUCCCGCUGUUAUCUCAUGGGGGAGAGCGCCGGAGGGAACAUUGCCUACACCGCAGGUCUACGUGUAGCCGCGGAAGUUGAUAAGAUCAAACCGCUGAAGAUUGAAGGGUUGAUAUUGAUUCAACCGUUUUUUGGUGGGACCAAGAGGAGUCCAUCAGAGAUAAGGCUAAGCGAGGAUAACACAAUACCUUUGCCUAUCACUGAUCUGAUGUGGAAUCUGUCGCUGCCCGUUGGCGUUGACCGUGAUUACAAGUACUCAAAUCCAACGGUCAAUGGUGGGGAUAGGAUUUUGGAUGAGAUUAAGGUUCUUGGGUGGAGGGUUGCGGUGUUUGGGUGUGAAGGGGACCCACUGGUGGACCGUGAGAGAGAGUUGGUGAAGCUGCUUGGGCACAAGGGUGUGCACGUGGUUGGGAAGUUUUAUGAAGGGGGUCGACAUGGCAUCUUCGUGGGUGACCCUUCCAUGUCUGUCAAAGUGUUUGAUCUAGUUAAAAAGUCUCCGAUCAUGUGA